CCCAGCAUCCCUGAUCCCAGUUCUUCACCCCCUUCCCAGGACUUCCAGCAUCCCAACCUUGCAUCCCUAGCAGCAGCCGCACCGAGGCGCUUGCUGCCGCUUCCCUAUCGGCUCCUCCUCCCUCCUUGGGAAGCAAAGGAGGAGGGAGGGGGGGGAUGUGGGAUGGACCGGGAUAUGGGGAGGCGUCAAUGGGGACCACAUCCUGCCCUCUUUAGCCUCCCCUUUGCCCUGGCUCCCAUCGCCCAGCCAUGCUGCGCUGCUUGCUCCAACGUGCCACCCAUCUCCCCAACUUGGAGAAAGGGGACAAGCAAAGCGAUCCCAUAGCCAGCUUGACAUUCCGAGGGGUCAAGAAGAGGACUAAAGUCAUCAAGAACAAUGUGAACCCCGUAUGGAACGAGGGCUUCGAGUGGGACCUGAAGGGAGCUCCCCUGGACCCCGGUGCUGAGCUCAGCAUCGUUGUGAAAGACCAUGAGACCGUGGGGAGAAACAGGUUCCUGGGGGAGGCCCGGGUGCCCCUGCGGGAUGUGCUCAGCUCGCCCAGCCUGGCUGCAUCCUACAACCUGCCCCUGCUGGACACCAAGAAACAGGCAACAGGGGCUUUCCUUCUCCUGCAGGUCUCCUACAUCCCCCCUCCAGGAGCUCCCCCCCUGUUCCCUCCUCCGGCUCCCCCCGAGCCAGCGCCGGCUGCUGCUGAGCCCGACUCGGUCCCUGAGACGGCUGGAGAGGAGGAGACAGAGGAUCAAGGAGCUACAGGGGAUGAGAUGGAGCCCUCCUCAUCUUUGGGGCCACCCAGCUCUGAGACCCCCUCGCUGCCCCACAAGCCCCCAGUGCACCACGUCCAGGGGGUGAAGAGGAGGAGGAGCUCCCCCAAAAAGCCUUUGUCCAACAAGCCACAGGACUUCCAGAUCAGGGUGAGGGUCAUUGAGGGCAGGCAGCUCCCAGGGGUCAACAUCAGGCCCGUGGUGAAGGUGACGGCCGCGGGGCAGACCAAGAGGACGCGGAUCCGCAAAGGAAACAGCCCCUUCUUUGAUGAGACCUUCUUCUUCAAUGUCUUCGAGUCACCAUCCGAGCUGUUUGAUGCACCCAUCUUCAUCACGGUCGUGGACUCGCGGUCGUUCCGCACGGAUUCGGUGAUCGGGGAAUUCCGGAUGGACGUGGAGACCAUUUACUCCGAGCCAAAACACGCUUUCCUCAGGAAGUGGCUGCUGCUCUCGGACCCAGAGGACUUCUCUGCGGGGGCCAAGGGCUACCUCAAGGUCAGCCUCUUCGUGCUGGGGCCUGGAGACGAAGCUCCGCUGGAGAAGAAAGAGGUCUCUGAAGACAAGGAGGACAUCGAGGGCAACCUCCUGCGCCCCACCGGGGUCACCCUGCGAGGGGCCCACUUCUGCCUCAAGAUCUUCAAGGCUGAGGAUUUGCCCCAGAUGGAUGAUGCUGUCAUGGACAACGUCAGGCAGAUCUUUGGCUUCGAGAGCAACAAGAAGAACCUGGUGGAUCCCUUUGUGGAAGUCAGCUUUGCAGGCAAGACGCUCUACUCAAGGAUCCUGGAGAAGAACGCCAACCCGCAGUGGAACCAGUGCCUGACACUGCCGGCAAUGUUCCCUUCCAUGUGUGAGAAGAUGAGGAUCCGGGUGACCGACUGGGACCGUCUGACGCACAACGAUGUCAUCGGCACUGCCCACCUCUGCAUGUCCAAGAUCUCGGCCCCUGGCGGGGAGCUGGAGGGUAAGGGGGGGGGCAGAAGGAUGGGAUUUGGAUGCAUGAGCACUGCAUGCUCAUGGCUG